AUGACGACAGAUUCAGGUUCCCUCCUCACAGAGAUGGAGGCAUUCACAUUUGCUGUGACCACCCAAGUGGAUCUUCCUAUUCGUAUCAAGAUUGGCUCACUAGAAGGGAAGCAGAAACCGAUUUCAGACACCGCUCUCUGGGAGAAUCCCGAGCUCAAAUACGUUGGAUCUGUUCAGGACCCCGCAUCCGACCUGUACGUGACCGCUCAAAUAUGGUCGGAAUCGAAACCUCUUGGUGUUCCCAUGAGGACUAGAUACAAAGCCUUCAAGGGAGCUCGGGUAUGGAACGAAUGGCUACAAUUGCCCAUGUCGAUAAAGGAUGCCGAACGCAACACCCAAAUAGCAAUCACGGUUAUGGAUCUGUCUCCCUUGGCAAAGGAUCAUAUUACGCACAUUCCUUUCGGUGGAACCACAAUCACUUUGUUUGAUGAGGAUGGGAAGUUAAAGACGGGAAGACAAAAGUGCAAGGUCUAUCUUCACAAAAGCGCCGAUGGAUCUGCUUUGACUUCCACCCCGUCCAUACCACGACCGAAACGUCGAAAGCCGAAUACCCGAGACCCCUCGCAGCAGACCCCCGAAGAGGCGGAAUUGGAACGACUCGAAGUCUUGAUCAAGAAGCAUGAGAUGGGUGAGAUACCGCGUGUUGACUGGAUGGAUCAGUUGCUCUUUCGCGAGCUGGAGAAACUCAAGCUCAGCGCCGAUGAAGCGGCACACAAAAGGGCUCUUGAACUUGAGGCGGCCACGAAGAACGACCCGGGGCGUCUACAAGACCCUGACGAUGAUUCCGAGGAAGACAACCUAGAGGACGAAUACUUCGAUCUUUACGUUGAGUUCCCACGCUUCGAUCACCCUAUCGUGUGGGCGGAUCACGAGUACCCUCCGCCGCCCAUUUCCGCUUGGAGCCAAAGCCAGACUUCUCACCCGGACUCCGCUCUCAAGCCAAUCCCCGAGGUGCAGUUUGGACCUGGAAUCGUGCGGGCCGAUCCUCACAACGUGAUCAGAAUUUACGACCCUGAGGUAGGACAGAUUGGCAACCCCUGCGAAGACAAGCACCGACGUUUGAUUCGAAGCCACCGCACUGGCAUCAUGGACCGUGACUUGAAACCGAAUCCCAAAAUCAGAGACGAUUUGAACAUGAUCAUUUCCUACGAACCGACCCAGGACCUGACCACCGAAGAAAAGGACCUUGUGUGGCGAUUCCGCUACCAUCUCACGCGCGAGAAGAAGGCAUUGACCAAAUUCGUCAAGUCAGUCAACUGGCGCGAUGUUGGGGAAUCCCGACAGGCCGUGGAAAUGUUUCCCAAGUGGACGGAGAUCGAUGUGGACGACGCAUUGGAGAUUCUGGGACCUACCUUCGACAACCCUGCGGUUCGCUCGUAUGCAGUGGAAACGCUGCAAAAGGCCGAUGACGAGGAGCUACUUCUGUACCUGCUGCAGUUGGUCCAGGCUCUCAAGUACGAUGCAACCCCCGAGAAUUACCCUGACGCAGCUCCCCAGGAGAGCUCGCUCGCGCAUUUCUUGAUCUCUCGUGCGGCCAACAACUUCAAGCUCGGCAACUACUUCCAUUGGUAUCUUUUGGUCGAAUAUGAUGACGCCGAUGAACCCCAGCAGCGUAUCUUUGCACGGGUGGUUUACUACUUCAUGGAAGAAUUAAACAGGGUUCACCCGGAGUAUCGAAAGACACUCCUGCGCCAAGGUCAAAUGGUGGUCGUGCUGUCGAAGAUUGCCAAGGACAUACGAUUUUCGAACGAAAAGAACCGGAUCGGCAAGAUCGAACAGUUGAAAUCGUUCCUCCGAGAUCCCGAAAGAGAUUUGAUCAAUAUUGACCCGCCGCUUCCGCUGCCUCUGAACCCCGAUGUGGCCGUGACUGGACUAUGUCCAGAAGAAUCCAACGUCUUCAAGUCCACACUUUCGCCCCUGCUCAUCACCUUCAAGACAUCUGAAGGUGGUCGCUAUCCAAUGCUGUUCAAGGUCGGAGACGAUCUUCGGCAGGACCAGUUGGUCAUUCAGAUCAUCAUUCUGAUGGACCGUCUACUGCAAAAGGAGAACUUGGACCUCAAAUUGUCCCCCUACCGAAUUCUUGCCACCAGCGCAAACGCUGGCGCGGUUCAAUUCAUUCCCUCCGUCUCUAUCUCUGCCGUCAACUCAAAGUACAAGUCCGUCCUCGCCUAUCUGAAGAUCAACAACGCGGAUGAGAAUGAACCCCUUGGUGUACGCAAGGAAACAAUGGACACCUACGUCAAAUCCUGUGCAGGAUAUUGCGUCAUCACAUAUCUCCUUGGUGUAGGCGACCGUCAUCUCGAGAACUUGCUCUUGGCGCCAGAUGGCCACUUCUUCCAUGCCGACUUCGGAUUCAUCCUCGGUCGUGACCCAAAGCCAUUCGCGCCGAUGAUGAAACUUUGCAAGGAAAUGGUCGAGGGUAUGGGUGGAACUACAUCGCCUCAAUAUCUGCAAUUCAAGCAAUACUGCUACACCGCUUACACGACGUUGCGCAAGUCCGCCAAUCUGAUUCUGAAUCUCUUCAGUUUGAUGGUCGAUGCGAACAUUCCUGACAUUCGUGUGGAGCCAGACAAGGCAGUUCUGAAAGUGAAGGAGCGCUUCCACCUUGAAAUGACCGAAGAAGAGGCCAUCCGUCAUUUCGAGCAACUCAUCUCGGACAGUGUGAACGCCCUCUUUGGUGUGGUCAUUGAUCGACUACAUGACUUCGUUCAGGGCUGGCGCGCAUGA